AGCAAUUUCCGCUAAAUAAAAAAAGUGGUCCUGUGAUUCCAAGUGACGUAAAAACUUCAAACAUGAAAAAUUUUGCUUAUAAAAACUUCAACAUGGUGCAUUGUAAUUAUCAUAAAAACUCUGUGAAUCUUUUUAUUUACCAGAAUGAAAAACAAUAUCGUCAUGCAUGUUGUUGAACCUAAAGUCUAAGAAUUUAUUGUUAUUGACCGAUUUAUGAAAACCCAGUUAAUUUAUUAUUAACAAGUUGGAUUAAGAGGGUGAAAUCAACAUUUUAUCCUUAUCGACUUUAUUCCCUUCUUUGUCUUUGAUUCUCAUGCCAUCAAAUUAGGAAUUACCAAGAAGAUCCUACUGGUAAUGAAUUGGGGUCGUUCUAUUUGUCGGAAACGCCUGAGGCGCGAGCACUUUACAAUUUUUUUAAUCAAAUGCAAAUUAAAUCCAUGUUUGACUAACUGGGAAUUUAAUUUAAAAAACCAAAAUUUCUCCAGAUAUUCUCACUUUUGUUUACCAUGCACUACCAUACUCUCUGCCAAGUUGCAAAAUUUUCAAUGAACAAUCCUACAGAGACAAAAGCCAUUAAUUUGAACUUCUCUUCUUAUUCCCCGCGCACAUAUAUUUAUAUAUAUACUCUCUUUUGUUUUUUGUCUGUUGCAUUUUCUUCAAGACAUUUUUUUAAGCUCCAUGCCCAGCUUUACAUUUGAAGUCACCCCAGCUCAAAUUCUGGCUCUGAUGUUUAUAUCUCCUUAGCACAGGAACUUUUCAUUCUACAGAUAUAAAGGCACAGAUUGCACCUGCACCACUUUGUAUUGCUUAUUCCAAUGGCUUCUGGCAGAUCAAAAUCUAUAAGAUUUGAAGAUGACCCCGAGGUGGCAAAGCUCACGCCAUCGCAAGAAGAUCAUUCAUUAAAACUGAGCACGAGUAAAAUCAAUCAGAAGGCAGCUGCUGAGCUGCAAUUGAAGAAGAGUGGCAAGCAGAAGAACAGCAGUAAGAAAAGCAGUAAUAGUUUGAAGAAAAGAGAGCUUCUGAGAGUAUUCUCAGAAGACUAUGAGGCAGUCAAGAGGAUGAUACUCAAUCCUCGAGGAUCUGCUGUUAACAGAUGGAACGAAAUUUUCUUGGUAGCCUGCUUGGUUUCUCUUUUUGUGGACCCCUUGUUUUUUUACUUGCCAAAGACUACAGAGAACCUAUGUGUCACUGUGUAUAAACCACUUCAAAUCGUUCUUGUGGUUGUUCGCUCACUUACUGAUGCAUUUUAUUUUACUAAGAUUUUUGUUCGACUCCGAACGGCUUAUGUGGUUCCUUCGUCUCGUGUAUUUGGGAGAGCCGAACUGGUUAUAGACCCUUCUAAGGUAGCUUCAAACUACCUUUACAAACACUUUUGGCUUGACAUGGUGGCUGCCCUACCCUUUCCACAGGUGUUGCUCGGGACUGCAAUUAUCCCCCAUUCAAGUUGUACAUCAGCAUUCUUUACGAGAAUUAUGCUACGCAUAAUCAUCAUGUUACAGUAUCUUGUGAGGCUCUACCUUAUUUUCCCACUUUCAUCUGAAAUAAUAAAGUCUACUGGAGUUAUGAUGGAAAAAGCAUGGGCUGGGGCAGCUUAUAAUCUGAUGCUCUAUAUGUUGGCAAGCCAUGUUAUCGGAGCUUGCUGGUACCUGUUAUCAGUUGAACGACAAGAAGAGUGUUGGAGAGAAGUUUGUAGUCAUCAACAGGUUGAUUGUCAUCCUGGGUUUUUUGAUUGUCGCUUUGAUGGUGAACCUAACCGAAGUUUUUGGCUGAAAUCAAGCAAUGUCUCUAGCAUAUGUGAUCCAAGCAGUGAAAUAUUCGGGUUUGGCAUUUAUGCAGAUGCAGUGAGUAACAGAGUUACAGGGUCAAGGUUUGUCAACAAGUACUUAUACUGUCUUUGGUGGGGCUUGAGGAAUCUAAGCUCUCUCGGACAGAACCUAUUGACCAGUAGUUAUGUUGGAGAAGUACUUUUUUCAAUUGGUAUUGCGAUUCUUGGAUUGGUGCUUUUUGGGUUAUUGAUUGGUAAUAUGCAAACCUAUCUCCAAUCUAUAACUGUUCGGCUAGAAGAGUGGAGGGUUAGGAGGACUGAUAUGGAACGAUGGAUGCAUCAUAGACAGCUGCCGCAGGAAUUAAGGCAGAGCGUGCGGAAGUAUGAUCAGUACCGAUGGGUUGCAACUAGAGGAGUUGAUGAAGAAGCUAUUCUGAAAGGCCUACCUUUGGAUCUCCGGCGAGACAUCAAAAGGCAUCUUUGCCUUGAUCUAGUCCGGCAAGUACCGCUGUUCGAUAUGAUGGAUGAGAGGAUGCUAGAUGCAAUAUGUGAAAGAUUGAGACCUUGUCUUUAUACAUCGGGAUCUUGUCUAGUUCGCGAGGGUGAUCCUGUCAAUGACAUGCUUUUCAUUCUCCGCGGCCACCUGGAUUCCUACACCACCAAUGGUGGCCGCACAGGCUUCUUCAACUCCUGCAGAAUUGGUGCCGGCGACUUCUGCGGUGAGGAGUUGCUAACCUGGGCUCUUCACCCUCGACCAACUGUGGCCCUUCCAUCCUCCACACGAACCGUCAAAGCCAUCACUGAGAUUGAAGCUUUUGCUUUAGUUGCAGACGACUUAAAGUUCGUGGCAUCUCAGUUCCGCAGGCUGCACAGCAAGCAACUAAGACAUACAUUUAGGUUUCACUCGCCACAGUGGAGAACAUGGGCUGCCUGCUUUAUACAGGCAGCUUGGUUUCGGUACAAGAGAAGGAAAGAGGCAGCUGAGCUGAAGAUAAUGGAGGGUUUAGCCUCCCAGUCUCAACAGGCACCAGAGCCAAAGGCCUCGAGCUUUAUAGCAAGCACGAGGGGGGGACGAAGCAAGCGAUGUGGAUCAGAGUUUGAUAUCCUAACCUCAUUGAGGAAACCAACCGAGCCUGAUUUUAUAACCGAAGAGAUAUAGAUGAGGAGAUUAAGAGGAUCAGUUCAUGCGUAUGAAGUUAUUUGUCACUUGCAGGGACUAGAUGAUUGGUUCACGCCAAUAAUAGAUUACUGGUCAAGUUUGUAAAUGUGAAUUUAACAAAUGGGUAUUUGGUAUGAACAGCUUAAAAUUGAAAAUUACAACCUAGUAAAUAGAAUUUUGUUUUGGUUCGGCA